UGUCGACAUGUUUGCGGUCAAGUGGACGUGUCCGCUUGAGAAAAUAAACCCGAAAUAACAAGUUGUUCGGUUGAAAAUCGACUUCCGGGCGUGAUGGUGUUGGUGUUUGGUGUUGUAUGCGUGUCGUCGUUGUUUUUUUAAGCCCGAACCCAAUUUCUUCUUGUGUAAAAAGUGGGGUAAACAGCGCAGGGUCCCGCCUCUCGCAUACAGAAAUCUGUAGGUCAAUUAUCGAUUAGUCUCACGGCGCCCUUGUCGCGCAAAUGUCAAUGUUAGUAGUGCCAACUUGACGCAGUGUCGGUGGGUCCAAAAAGGCCGAAGUAGUCGCGAUGGUAAACAGGAAAAUGGGCUUGGGCAAUGGACGUGCUGCGACGAUUUGACCCGGCUCUCAGCUGCACCGACGGCCCGCGGGAUGGGAAUUCAGGCGCGUUCUCUGGUGCAGGUAACAUCAGAGCGGACAUGGCCACCAGCCUCGAGGAGCUGGACCUGCGGCAGCAGCUGCAGAACAUGGAGAGCAUCAUCAACGUGACCCGCGCCAACAUCGACGCCCUCAAUGCCAAGUUCGCCGGCUUCCAGCACCCGCCGGCCAUGUACCUGUCGGAGUACCGCGACCUCACCUGCAAGCUGCACGAGCUGGAGCAGCAGGGCCGCCGCCUCCAGGAGCGGCUGCAGCCCGAGCCCGAGCCGGAGCCCGAGGAGCCCGAGCCGGGGCCCAGCGCCGACGAGGAGCGCCAGAAGCCGCGCUUCCUUAGGGCGCACCUGCCCAACGAGCAGCGCACCAGCGUGCAGGUCCGCAAGGGGCUCACGCUGCGGGAGGCGCUGGCCAAGGCUAUGAAGUUGCGCAAUCUGGUCUGCGAAAUGUGCUACGUCUACUGGGGCAACACGGACAUGGUGGUCCACUGGGACACGGAUAUCAGCAAGCUCAACUGCGAGGAGAUCACAGUCAAGAUCUUGGAUAAGUUCCCCAUCGCGACGAGCAUUUCGCACAAUUUCGCCAGAAAGACGUUUUUCUCGUUGGCAUUCUGUGAAUGCUGCCGGAGACUCUUGUUCCAAGGGUUCUAUUGCAGAACGUGUGGGUAUAAGUUUCACCAGAGGUGCGCCAAUGGAGUUCCUUCUCUAUGCCAUCAAGUUCGCAUGACCGACGCCUACUUCCGAGCUCUCCUCGCGAGAUCUCCGGACACCAACGUCGGCAUCUUCCACCCCGUUCGCGUGAACCAAUCAAUCCCCCAGUGCGAAGACCAGCCCGUGCGCGCCCUCGCCCACCAUGACCGAUCCAACUCGGCUCCUAAUGUCUGCUUGAACAACGUCAAGGGCACAGGGGACGACGGCUCCAAGCCGCUCCCUCUCCCCCCGCGGCCCAGCAUCGAACACGACUCUGUCACCCAGAACCACUUCAACAGCACCCAGAACUCACCCACCGACCCGCUGCACCCCCGGCGGCCGCGCGCGCGCUCCGCCGACGAAAGCAAACCCAUCCUGGGCCCCCGCGAGAGCAUCGAAGACUGGGAGAUCUCGGCCGAGGAGAUCCUCGUGGGGCCCCGGGUGGGCUCCGGCUCCUUCGGGACGGUGUACAAGGCGCACUGGCACGGGCCCGUGGCCGUCAAGACCCUGAACGUGAAGAUCCCGUCGCUGGCGCAGCUGCAAGCCUUCAAGAACGAAGUGGCGGUGCUGCGGAAGACGCGCCACGUCAACAUUUUGCUCUUCAUGGGGUGCGUGAGCAAGCCCCAGCUGGCCAUCGUGACGCAGUGGUGCGAAGGCUCCAGCCUGUACAAGCACCUCCACGUGCACGAGACGAAGUUCGCGCUGAUCACGCUGAUCGAGAUCGCGCGCCAGACGGCACAGGGAAUGGACUACCUCCACGCGAAGAACAUCAUCCACAGGGACCUCAAGUCCAACAACAUCUUCCUCCACGAGAACCUCACGGUGAAGAUCGGGGACUUCGGGCUGGCGGCGGCGAAGACGCGUUUCGCGGAUUCGUGUCAGCGCCAGCCCACGGGCUCGAUCUUGUGGAUGGCGCCCGAGGUCAUCCGGAUGGAGCUUCAGAACCCGUACAGCUUCCAGUCGGACGUGUACGCCUUCGGGAUCGUCAUGUUCGAGAUGCUGUCGAUGCAGCUCCCGUACGCCCACAUCAACAACAAGGACCAGAUCCUGUUCAUGGUGGGUCGGGGCUAUCUGAAGGCCGACCUGACCAAGCUGCGCUCCGACGCGCCCAAGGCUCUGCGGAGGCUGAUCGAAGACUGCAUCAAGUUCACGAGGGACGACAGGCCCUUGUUCACCCAGAUCCACGCCUCGCUGGUCUCGCUGCUGAAGAACCAGCCGAAGAUCAGCAGGUCGGCGUCCGAGCCCAAUUUCAACACGGGACAGUCGGACGAUUUUCUGUUCACUUGCGCUAGCCCCAAAACCCCGGUUAAUUUUGGUCCCUCUGCGUUCUUUUAUUCGGGGUCGACGGGAGUGGCCGUUUGACUUGCUGGAGAUGUUUCGGAACGUUCGGUUUUUGUUGGGUCUGGCGAAAUUUCGUGAUUCUGAUUGUGAUUGCGUUUGCGUAGAGUUAGGACUUUAGUAGAAUUCUUCAGAUGUUUUAAGUUAUUGCAAGUAUUUAAACUAUGCAGAUGUUGUUUUCGUAUUAAAGAAAGUCUUUAAAAUGUUUCUACUGAUCUUAUGUGUUAGUUCUACAAUAACAUCUUUUAUUAUUGUGACGAUGCAUGGGUCGUAAAUAUAUUGUAUCGUCGUC